GUUCUGCCAGUGCUGAGUGGCGAGUGCUUCGAUCCAGCCAGCGACCCCCAGCCGUCCGCCAUGAAGGCCGCAGCAGUGUUGGCAGCCCUGGUGGUCGUCGCGGCGGCCGUCCAGGAGCCGGGGGAGGCCACGGGAGACGCGCCCUCCUCCAGCUACAGCAGCGCGGUGGUGCACGACGAGUCCUCCGCCGCGCCGACCACGGAGGGCGAGGGAGUCCUGCCGCAGGACUGGGCCUACAGCCACGUGCACAUACAGUUCCCCUCCAAGGACUCGGACAAGCCGCGCGCCCGGGGCAAGAAGCCGCGCAGACGCCCCGAGCAGUCCACGGCCCGGCCGGUCCCCAAGCAGCCAGAGGCCGCGGGCCAGAGCGAUGAGUCCUCCCCGGCCACAUCCAGGUCCCGGCAGGACGUGGGCGUGUCCUCGGUGAACCUGGGCUACAGCAUCGGCGUGGCCCUCACGCCCGAGGACCUGCGGGUGACGUCCUCGAGCCAGACCGCUGGGGCCGGCGACCAGGCCCACCCGAGCGCGCACUCGUACUCCGUCAGCAACCUGGGUCUGGCGCAGCGUCCUCUGGGGGAGGUGAUAACUGGGCGUCCUGCAGGGACCCAGGUGCAGGAAGGCUCUGCCAGAGCCGCGCAGCAUCAAGGCCCCACCGGGCACCCGCCGGCCCAGCGCAGCGCCCACGACCAGGCCACCGGCCAGUUCAGCCUGAGGAACACCGCCGGCAGGCAGAACUCUGGGAGCAGUGUCAGCAGCGCGCCGUUCCGAAACGAUCUUCAAGACGUCCAGCUCCACAGUCAACUCGCGCAGCAGAACCAGAACGGCAACAACAACGCGCUCGGUCACGGGCUUAACGGCGGCUACAAUGGUCUGUUCGGCGGCGGCAUCCCUGCACAUUCUGGAGCUCCUCAAAGCAAUGUGCACACCGCGAACAAUGCGCCGAACAGUGGUCAAAGCACGCCACAGGCUAAAACUAACAAUCAUUUGCUCAUUCACAAUUACAAGAAUUUCCAAAGUGGUGUAUUAAGCAGAGGCAACCAACUUCAGAACAAUUUAGCGCACGGCAAAACACUUUCACAGACCUACCCUAACAAUGCAGACAAAAUUAAAACUAACUUUCACGGUGUCCAACAGCCUCAUAACCACAAUAAUGCCAAUGUCCAUAACUUCAGUAAUGUCUACAACACUCUGGUCGGAAACAGCAACCAUGCUCACAGCCUGAGUCCUAGCAAAACUGUCUACCCGGCGUUUGUUAACAACGUCGAAAACGUCCAGAGGAAUGGUCAAAGCGCACAGCAGGUUCUGAACAAUAACAUUCAAGCACAGAGUGCGGUAAAUAGCUACAGGCCGUUCGAUGGCUAUAGCAAACAAGUUCAAAGCCAAAUUCUCGGCAACAAACAGUUGCAAUAUAACGAUAACGGAGAGGCUAAUAAUCAGCAUUCAAACACAUUAAAUAAUUUUAAUUCGAACAAUUUUCAUAAUAGGAAUCCUGUUAGCUCUGAGAGGUAUUUAGAAAACGAGCGAAACCAUGCAAACACCGAACAUGUAAACAACCCUAACAGCGGGAUAUUUCAUACGACUUUCAACAUUCAAAAAAGUCAAGAAAGAAAUCCUGACAUCUCUACAAGUUCCACAAAUGAACAGCUAGCCAUCUCCAUUCAAAGUAAGCCGGUGAGUUUUGGAUCCAUGAGUGGUGACAACAGGAACGUUGGCAAUAUUUCUUGGAGAGAUAUGGACAGUGGUAUGGUUAUGAACUCUGAAAAUACAGCUCAAAGACACACUCCGUACAAUGGUGGAAUAAUGUCGCUGAGUAGUUUGGCAUCAAAUCAGGCAAUGUUUUAUUUGGACAAUGGCAAGCAAAACAAUAAUGUUGUGCAUUAUACAACUACACAAAACAAAGGAUUUAAUCAUGAAAAUGCUUUAGGUAAUAGUAAUAUAUUUGAUCAUAAAGAUGCUAUGGUAAGCCAAACGCAACAAACAAACAAUAUUCAACAAAGCACUCACAAUCAAAUCAAUCAUAACAGUGCUAGUUCUGGCAAUGGUAUAACAUUACAUCAAAUCCCUCAAUUUAGUAAUUUUGAUGGUAGAUUCAGUGAGUUGACUCCAAAUUUAAAUUCAGACAUCAGGCCACAAACGAAUUUUGGCAGUGUGCAUACCACAGUCCCACAAGCAACUAACAAUCAUAAUAGUGCCUCUUCUUCGAAUAAAGAUAUAUCUGUGUUGAAAGCUACUGUUUUAGGUGUUCCGGGGCAUGCAGUUCUCAAGCAAGGUGAUGUUCCAGUUUUCAACAUUAAUGGUCUCCAGCCAAACCCAAUAUAUCUAAACACCGGACUUCUUGGUUAUCAAACGUCUCAUGGGGGACAAAAUUCAAACUCUCCCCAGAAUAAUGGAAAUUUUGCUUCUCUUCCUGGUCUAAUAUUUCCAUUUUCGGGAACAUCAGGGUUGAUUAAUACUAAUAGCAACAACAUUUUGGCUGCAAGUAACUCUCAGCAUCUGGCUUCUCAUGUGGUUCCUCUCAGCACUCAUGGAUCUCAGUCAUCUACAUCAGUCAGUCACCCUGCAGGUCAGGUGGCUUUGGGUAGACACAACUUGCCACAAUCGUAUUCAACUGGACAAUCAUCUUACGUUAGUAACUUCCCGAUAAAACUUAUUCAAGUUCCACAGUUUGUGAACUCCGGAACCCCCAGUUCGCCAGGAGGAAAUGCCAACACUGCAAAUUUCCAAUUUUUAAACUAUCAAAACCUUCUACCAGGAAUUGCACAGCAGCAACAUAUUCAACUAGAGAAGGGUCCGAUUCAAGAGGUUCCGACUACCAAUAACAAUCAAGAUUUAAACUCACAGGUCCAAGUAAACAGUCAAAGUCAACUACCAAAUAUCCAGCUUUUAUUUCCACCGCCAUUCCAGCAAAUUUCCCCUGCUAACCACGACACUCAGAAGAAUACAAAUGGUGUGAACAUUCAUCCAAACAAUUCGCAACUACGUCUUCAAGGUGUUAACAAUCUGGAAGGUCAGCCCCACAUUUACCAGGGCAGAGAAAACAUUCCGAAGGAUGUUCCUUUCAGCAACCUGGUGUAUUCAGCUGGGGGCCAGCCCGGCUACAACACGGUGUCCGUCCAGAGCGGAGCUCAGACCCAGCAGUACGGUCCUGGUGGGAGCGUGCGGCUUGGCUCAGGGGACGAGUGGCGCGGAGCUGUGGACACUGCCAGCCAGGAGAUCAGUUCGAGCAGGCACGUGUCCGGGGACUCCCUCCAGGGGCUGGGGCAGACCCCCGGGGCACUCAGGCACGGUUCCGGGGACUCCCACCAGGGGCUGGGUGAGCUCUACCUGGGGCAGACUCCCGGGGCACUCAGGCACGUGUCCGGGGACUCCCACCAGGGGCUGGGCGCGCUCUACGUGAUGUCGCCCCCCGGCGCCCUCAGGCACGGCAGGGGCCGGGGGCAGAGGAAGCUCGGCUCCCAGGCCGUCAAGCCAGUGACGGAGCCCUCGGAGGAGAUGGAUGGAUCCGAGUCCCCGCUCGGUUGCCCGGGAGUACAGUCCCUGGCAGAGCGGCAUUCACCUUCAGCCGCCGCUGCUCUGUCGCGUGAGAACAGCGGCCCGGGCGGCUCGUGCAACAACGGCGCAUCUCCCGUCCCAGCAGUCGCAGUUGCGGCGGUGGUGACGGCGGGAGUUGCGCCCUUGUUGCGCGCGGCGCGCAGAGAGAUCCGCCGGCGCUGGAGCGUGAACGCGGCUGUAUAA